UCUCACGACAUCCCAAUGUCAUAUGCUAUAUAUACCAGGUACUCGUGCACUCGACCAUGUCGUCCAGUAUCCUACAUUUCCUCUUGCUUUCAAGUAGCAUCUCAUCAUCAACGCCAAGCUGGAUCGACCGACACCCACGCCCAGAACCGUGACCGGGCUCAUCCGACCUACCUAUCUCAUCGCCCUAUUAGUACUCGUCCUCUCCUACCUCUUUCACGACCGAACCACCACAACACCAAUGACAAUCACCAUGCCCCGAGCUCCCGUCUACUUUAUCUCGCACGGAGGUCCACCCUCCAUGUACGCCGAGAAGAGCGGCCCUUACCAAGCUUGGGGAAGAGUUGGCCAGCUCAUCAGGCGGGAUAUAGGACAAGGGAAGGUGGAUAAGAAGAAAGGUUUCGUAUGCGUCAGUGCGCAUUGGGAGUCAGACGAUACGAAGGGGAAGAUUAUUGAAGUCAACAACAACCCUGGUAACCCGCUCAUCUACGAUUUCUACAACUUUCCGACACACUAUUAUUCCCAGACCUUCCACUCCUCCGGACCAGACGGCGGGGUCGAGGUCGUCAAGCGAGCUCUCGAGGCGGGAGGCUGGGAGGUCAAGCCGGUAGACAGGGGGUUGGAUCAUGGGUUAUGGGUCCCCUUCAAGAUCGCCUUCUCCCAACCUCCCGUCCCUCACGCCAAACCUCCCACUCCUUCCAAAGAGACGCUGGACCUCAUCCCUCCCCUGAUUCAGAUCUCUUUACCGGGUGAUUCUAGUCCGAAAUCGGCGGAAAAGCUGGGCGAGGUUUUGGGCAAACUUAGGGGGGAUGGAUGGGGGGUCGUCUGUACGGGUCAGGCGGUACAUAAUCUGAGAGAACUAGGCCAAGCCAGAUCGUUCGGUGGACGAGGGACCACGUACGGUCAACCUUUCCUCACAGCAUUCCUCCAGGCCGCUACUUCUCCCCUCGGGGACAUCGGCCGAGCUUCGAAAAGCUUGUUUAAGAGGGAAGAUUAUCGACGGGCGCACCCUACGCCGGAACAUCUCAUGCCGUUAGUCGUCGCUGCUGGGGCGGUACAGAGCGGGGCGGGCGACAGUCGAGGGAAUGUGGAUGGCGAAGAGGGGGAGGGCAAGGGGGAGGUGAUCUUUGAGGAAGAGGAUGGGCCUUUGGGAUGGGCGAUGGUCAGGUGGGAUUGAGACGAGUUGAAGUUGUACCCGUAUCGACGAUACCUGAGGUAUUCUAUCAGCAUUUCGUUUACG